AUAUCUGCUCUGUGAUUGGUGGGAUCAGGCCAACAGGAUUAAUAUGAGAGCAGCAGCAGAGACACAGACAGACAGAUGAAGGUGGACGGACGCUGUGGGCGACAGGAAUCAGACAAACAGUGUCAGCCAUGUUUGCGGGUCGAGCGUCAGCCACAGGAGCCGCUGGACCCUCAGCGGCCGUAGCAGGAAAGGCUGGAAAGUUGUCAGUGGAGGAGCUCUAUGGUUUCAGCAAGAAGCCCAAAGUAAACAGAGGGAAUUCUGGAAAACCAGAGAAAACCGAAGUGAAGAAGGAUGUGAAGGAGAAAGAAGAGUCGGUGCUGGCGUCUCAGAUCCUGGAGGCCGCCCGGAGGCUGAUGGAGAGGCGACGCCUCGAGAUCUACCUGAAGGAGUGUGACAUCACCAUGGAGCAGAGGGACAUGCAAUACAGGAAUCUUGGGAAAUCUGGGCUGAGAGUGUCCUGCUUAGGACUGGGAACAUGGGUGACAUUUGGCUCUCAGAUCUCUGACGAGAUGGCAGAGAGUGUGAUGACGGUGGCGUACGACAGCGGAGUGAAUUUGUUCGACACAGCGGAGGUUUACGCCUCGGGGAGGGCGGAGACGACUCUGGGAAACAUCCUGAAGAAGAAAGGAUGGAGGAGGUCCAGUUAUGUGGUGACCACUAAGCUCUACUGGGGCGGACAGGCAGAGACGGAGCGAGGGUUGUCACGGAAACACAUCAUUGAAGGUCUGCGUGGCUCACUCUCCAGGUUACAGCUGGACUAUGUGGACAUCGUUUUUGCCAACAGAACAGACGUGAACGCGCCGAUGGAGGAGAUCGUUCGAGCCAUGACCUUCGUCAUCGAGCAGGGCAUGGCCAUGUACUGGGGGACGUCCCGCUGGAACGUGGUGGAGAUAAUGGAGGCGUACUCCAUCGCGAGGCAGUUUAACCUGAUCCCUCCGGUAUGCGAGCAGGCUGAGUAUCACUACUUCCAGAGAGACAAAGUAGAGCUGCACCUGCCCGAGCUCUACCACAAGAUCGGUGUCGGAGCCAUGACCUGGUCCCCGUUAGCCUGCGGCCUACUGACGGGCAAAUACAACGAGGGCGUCCCUGAGAGCUCCAGAGCCGCCAUGAAGGGCUACGCUUGGCUGAAGGAGCGCCUCUGCAGUGAUGAGGGGAAGAAGCAGCUCAGCAAAAUCAAAGAGCUCCACCUGCUGGCUGACAGGCUGAACUGCACGGCUGCUCAGCUGGCAAUUGCCUGGUGUCUCCGCAGUGAAGGCGUCAGCUCGGUGCUUCUCGGCGUCUCCAACACAGAACAGCUGCUUGAGAACCUCGGCUCUGUCAGG